AUGGCUGGAGCUAGGAAUAGAAGGAAUAGGAAUAGAAAGAAUGAGAAUAAAAAGAAGGCAAAAACUGAAAAAAGGGCUGUUGUAGAAGCUGAAGGAAAAAGGGAGGCCACUGAUACAGUCAAAUCAGCUGAAGGAAAGAGGGAGGCUACUGGUACAGGCAAAACCCAGGCCAAAGCAAUAACCAAGGCAGGGCCUCGGGCAGAUGCAGUGGCAGUGGUGAAGGCAGCGUCUAAGAACAAGACUGUUACUGAGAUGAAAGAACGUCUGCCAGAUGUCCGUCCCAAAGCUGAAGAUGAGAGCACUAGAACAGCUCGAUUUUGUUCUGCGGCUCAGGCUACUGCUGAGUCCAGGUUUACAUGUAAAGAUAAGACUCGUACUGAUACCUUGUUUGGGGCUGGAGAAGAGGCCAAUGUUGGUUCCUGGUUCUGGAAUGGAGAAAAGAUUGGUAAACAUUUCAGUGCUAAGGAUGAAGGUAAAGCUGAUACUGGUCCCUCAUCCUGUGCUGAGAAGUUGGAGCCUGUGGCUGGGACCAGCUGUAAGGCUAGGCCAGGAGCUGAGGAGGAGGAGGAGGAGAACGUUAUUGGGAGCUGGUUUUGGGAUGGAGAUGAAACUAGUUUUGACCCUAACCCUAGACCUGUGAGCAGGAUAAUUAAGCCUCAGCCUGUGGAUGAAAUUAAUGAAAAAGAUAGGCCUAAGGACUGGUCCGAGGUAACUAUAUGGCCCAAAGCUCCUGCUGUAACUCCAGCAGUGUUAGGCUUUAGAUCCCAAGUCACAUUUGAGAAAAAGCCUCCUUCAUAUUUUGUCCUGGCUUCUGCUGAGGAAAACACCUGUUCUUCGCCUGUGGCAACAGCAGCAGCACGCCCUUCUAGAAGCACUCCCUCUAGCUCACAGCCUGUCUCUGAGUUCCCACUUGGUUCUGACCCUUGCAUCCAGACCAUAGAGGAAAUUAGGCGCCAAAUCAGGAUCAGGGAAGUGAAUGGGAUUAAGCCAUUUGCUUGCCCUUGCAAAAUGGAAUGCUACAUGGAUUCUGAGGAGUUUGAAAGACUUAUUACCUUACUUAAGUCAACUACUGAUCCUCUCAUUCAUAAAAUAGCUCAAAUUGCAAUGGGGAUCAUUAAUGUUCAUCCAUUUGCUCAAGAGUUCAUUAAUGAGGUGGGUGUAGUGACACUUAUUGAAAGCUUGCUCAGUUUUCCUUCCUCUGAAAUGAGAAAAAAGGCUGUCAUUACUCUGAAUCCCCCCUCUGGGGAUGAAAGACAACGCAAGGUUGAAUUACAUGUUAAGCAUAUGUGUAAAGAAACCAUAUCUUUUCCCUUGAAUUCACCUGGACAGCAGUCUGGAUUAAAGAUACUAGGACAACUGACUACUGAUUCUAACCAUCAUCACAUUGUUGCCAAUUACUUUUCAGAGCUUUUCCAUUUGCUGUCCCUUGGAAAUCGUAAAACUAGAAAUCUUGUUUUGAAAGUACUUUUGAAUAUGUCUGAAAAUCCAACUGCAGCCAGAGAUAUGACCAAUACAGAAUCAUUAGCAGCGUUAAAACUCAUCUUUAACCAGAAAGAGGCAAAAGCCAAUCUCGUUAGUGCUGUGGCCAUAUUUAUUAACAUAAAAGAGCAUAUCAGAAAGGGCUCGAUUGUAGCCAUUGAUCACUCCAGUUAUACUACGCUCAUGGCCAUUUUCCGUGAAGUUAAAGUGAUUAUUGAAACAAUGUAA